AUGUUUCGAUUCACCAGGCUUACUCGCACUCUUCCUCGUACGGCAUUGGUUCAGCCUCGUCGCUUCAAUGCAACAUCGACUGGUACUGGUCUUGGAGCCGACACUGGCAAUGCAGCACCCAAUAUUAUCACGUACAACCAUCCGACAGCACCAUUGGCUGCUUACAACCAGCGCCUUGCUACUCGCUUGCGGAUCAAUAUGAAUGGACAGCGAUUGUUGAAACAAGUGCUUGCGAUCACCAAGGAAAUCAAGGCAGCCAAUCUCAAGUUCGAUCUCAACACGUACAAUGCACUCUUGGUGGCCCAUGCACGAGCACGCGAUACACAGGGCUUGUUGAAGACGCUCAAACAGAUGCAAGCGGAUGGAAUUAAGCCUGCUCUCGACAGCUACAACACGCUCAUGGAAGGAUUUGCUGCACGUGGUGCUACUGAACACCAGAGCAAGAUCAUUGAUGCUAUGAAGCAAGAGAAUGUCGAGCCUACUGUCACCACGUAUGCACAUUGGAUGCAAGGAUUAUGCAAUGAUCAGCAAUUGGAACAUGCUGUGGAUUUACUCGAGACGAUGAAGCAAUCCGGUGUUGCGCCCAAUGAAGCUUGCUAUGUCAUUCUUAUUGGUGCAUGUUUGAGGUGGCAGGAUCCUGAAAUGGCUUUCAAAUUGUUGCAGGAGGCAGAGGCAUCAGGUGUGGCUGUUGAAAGCAACCCUAGGAUAUACCUCGAUGUGAUGCGUGCAACUUCAUGGAAUAACAAGUACGAGAUGGUGGCCUAUUGCUGGGACAAGUCUGUGACAACUCUUAAUAUGCGACCUGAUGAAGGCACUUGUUUGCACGUCCUUGGCGUGGCUGCUCGUGCAGGCGAUGCAAAGUUGGCUACCAAGGUGAUUCGACAACUAUCUACGAGUGGAUACCCCUACAAGGAACACUACUUCACACCCUUGAUGGAAGCAUUUGUUCAAAAGAAGGAUCUCAAGAGUGCAUUCAACGUGCUGGAUAUCAUGCGUGUCUCAGGUGUUACACCAACUUCACGGACGACUCUUUUGAUUCAGGAACGUCUCAGAUCAGGUGGUGUGCGUGCUAUUGAUAAUGCAUACUAUGUACUUGAGGAGUUACGCAAGGAAGGACGUAAGGUGGAUGUCACUGCUUUCAAUGCCAUCUUGGGACUCUGUGCCGAAGCAGCUGAUCUUGAACGUACCGUUGCUACAUACCGUGAAGCCAAGCAUCUUGGUGUCUCUCCUGAUAUUGAUACAUACAACAACGUUCUUGAAGCAUGCGUGAGAACUCGUACCAAGGGUAUGGGCAAUGUUGUCAUUGAGGAGAUGAAAAAAGCCGGUGUCACACCAGAUAUCCAAACCUAUGUCAAGAUGAUCGCUCUCGAAUGUACACAAAAGGAUUAUGAAGGCGCCUUUUCGUAUCUUGAGGAAAUGAAGGGCUAUGGCGUUGUCCCACCACAAGAAUGUUAUGAGAAUCUUGCACACAAAUUAGCGGCUGCUCGGGAUCCCCGGUUCCAUAUGGCAUUAGAAGAAAUGGAGACUUUUGGAUAUCCUGUGCAUCACAAGAUCCGUGGCUUAUGGAAAUCAUGA